GAGGCGGAGUUUGUGUGUUUCAGUCGCGCGUCACCAAAACAGACAAACGCAGGAGGGCCCCCUGUUUUGUCACAAGCCCGACAAGACCAGGCCUGGAUCACCGAGCCCAACCUUCCGCGCAUAUUAAUAGUGGGCUAGCUGGCUGGAGGGUGUUCCUGCAGGAGAGCACUUGUUUCUUCGUAUUUUGGCAUCUACAAGGGCUACACCACCGGCAAUCAAUGUGGAGACCAGACGAGGUCUUGCCGCAACACAAGCGCCGAGCGGUGGCGCUUUGGACGGUCCUGAUAGGGGGCAUCAUUUUAUAUUCUUCACUUAUUUUGUACCAAGCCCUGGGGAAGCGCAAUAAUCCGAGCGUGUCCUUCGAGGUUUCGAACACCGUGUACGAGUACCCAGAUAUUUGGGUAUGCCUCUACGGCGAAUAUGGCUGCGAUAGUUGGGAGCUUGAGGAGGAGUGCAUGGAAUCUGCCCAACUGACCGGAUGGGGCAACACGAGCGCCGUGUUCUACCCAGGCGGGGAGUACGAGCAGACGAUCCCCGGUGUGGGAAUGCUGACACCCGAGGAUGGCUGGUGCGUGGAGUUCGAGACUUCGACAAUUUCCCAAUUUCUCGGUCAAGAACGAAACGCGAGCUACUAUCUAGACUACCUCCUCCUGGAUAUGUACUGGUAUCCCGGAGGCACUGAGAGCGAUUCGAACACUUGCGUCGUUGAGGGGUGGGAGCCUCACAGCGAAUGGAUGUACGUGAAGCUGAAAGAUUCAGGAUAUCCAGAAUCAGGCCUAGUUUCAACCGGGAUCCAAGUCCCCUACAGCUGCAUCACCAACGUCUCAAGCAGCCACUCCUUCACAUACGUGGGGAUGGGGGUUACCAUCGAGGAAAGGCUAGGCGAAGAACCCGUCGCUACCAACAAGGCGCUGUCGGUAUCGACGGCGACACACAAGGAUAAGGUGAAUGCGGCCAUCGACAAGCCUUACGCCCAGCUGUCGCUGCAGUUCCAGCAGGAACCCAACUCGCUUGAGGUUAUCACGGAGAAUGACCCCUUCGACCUCGCCGAGAUGUUCGGCAAUGUCGGCGGCUUCUGGGACCUUCUCAUGCUCGUGUGGCCUAUCUUCUUUGUGGCGGCGUCUAGACAAGACCCACACCUCAAGCCCCGAAACUUCAAGAAGUCGGUCGCGAAGGGGCUUGAAGGCCUCCGAAUAGGCGAACUAGUGACCGCUGGGACAAGAAAAGAUGGCAGCAGCAAUCCCGAAGACGAGGAAGAGAAGCCUCACUGGGAACGAAAGGGAAGACAGGCGGUCGUGGAGUUGGACCAUCCCACUUCCAAAAAGUCGGUCCAUCGCUCGCCGGUGUGAGGUGCACUAGUGGAGGCCGGAAAUGAAGCCAGGCGGCACCACCAGAAUGGGAGGGAAACAGCAUACAUGUGCUCCUGCGCCUUCGGCCCGAGCAACCACCACAACCGAAAAUAGAAGUUCAUCCAUCACGGCUGUGGCGAAAUGAAAUUGAUGAUCCACAAGCAUUGAUUAGUUAUCCUAUCCAUUACCCUCGGCGAUGUGUCUGUACUUACGAAUUGCGUAGGUUUUCCGUUUUUUUGAAGGUGUCGGUACAAAAUCUGUUUGAGAUUGCCCGCGAAACCCACCCUAGCAAGGCUCGUCGAAUGUUUCGGUCAUAGCACACGUUUGACUCCCUUUGGCUUUGUAAAUAGUAGCCCUCCCAGUGUCGCCCCCGUUUUUGUCACCAUUGAAAAUUUUACUCACCGUGAGUGUUGUUACUUCCCUUUUACUUGUACAUCGUACCGUGUCGUCUGUGUUGAAUGGGGUGGUGGUCUCUGUGUCGCAUUGCAAUUAUUGGCUUGUUUCGGGUUGCAGCAUGGUUUUGCCGCGAGUGAGUGCGUUGCCUGUGUUUUGUGUUGGCUCCGAUAAUGGACGCUGUUUUUUUUU